AUGGCCGGCAUCAAACGCCAGUACAGCCCUGACAGCGUUGGUGAAGACGAGAGAGCUUCAAAGUUGUCCAAGCCGGAGUCCAAUAAUGCCUCCGCCGUCGCCCAUGCCAUUCUUACAAAGUCCACUGAUCGGCAAGUUCGCAUCGAUGUAAAGCUUGGUUCGACUCGCAAAGGCGCCAGAAACGACCCAAUGCCUUCUUUUUCCAUAGAAGACAUGAGAAAAGACCUGGAGAACUAUGACAGUACACUUUUCAACGGUGAAUUCGUUCAAGGCGAUGAUGAGGAUCAAGAAGCCAAUGAAUGUGAUUACAAUAACGAGGAUGACGCUGAUGAAGAUGAUGACGAGGAUGACGAGGAUGAUGAAGGCGACGAGGAUGACGAUGAUGACGAAGAUGAUGAAGGCGACAACUAUUCCGAUUACGGAGAAGGGCACCUGUGGUUGGAAACCAUCCGUGGUACCGCGCUGAGCGCCCAAUCGUUGUCGAAGAACAGCAAAAUUGGAUCCUGUCUUGCAAGACUCAUCAGACGUGAGGAGAUGCGUGCAUUAUUCUGGAAUGAAAUGGAGGUGCCUUCACGGGAGCUUUCAAAACUCGCAUUUGAGCUCUUUGAUCGAUAUGGACGGCUUCGCAGCGACUACUGUGAUCACGACGUCCGGAAAGGCACUGGCGUCUGGGGCAAGGAGCUCAACUACGGUGAUCUUCUGCUCUUUGAAGAAAUAAAAAUAGAUCGGCAAUGGCGACGACAGGGUAUAGCAAGACAGAUUGUCAAAGCUAUCUUGGAGACAACCAGAACAAAGGUUGCCUCGCAUGUGGGCUUCUUUGCCCUGGUCAGGCCGGGCUAUCUGACUCGGGAAGCCACAAGCGCGCAGGAACCGCCGGAGAAACAGGAAGAAAUCGCUCAAUGUUUCUGGAAAUCUCUAGGGUUUCGAAGAGUUGGUAUAUCUUCCUGGCUCGCAUUCACGGAUUCAGUUGAGCAUCCAUCAAGGCAAUUGGAGCUUGAACAGGACUGCCAAAAGCCAGAGGCGGCACCCGAAGACAAUGCCAUUCCACGCAUUCUGAAAGAGCUGUACCAAAAGUUGGGCCACCCCGAAACAGAUGAAAACGAAUGCAUUAGCAACGUACAAGUAGCCUUGUCCAGCAACCUCGAGAGUCAAAAAUGCGGCCCCUGUGGCGAUACCUUGCUCCAUUUCGCUGCAUUACGCCGCAAACCAGAGCUAGUCAAGUUGAUCAUAGCAGGGGCUCCCCAGACAGUCACCUUGAGAAACCAGGAAGGCUACACGCCGGCCGAAGCGCUUCAGAGAGAGCUAGAGGAGCAGAGGACCAGACAAGGAGAUUCCCAACUGACUCGUGUGGUCUCUGACGACUUCACCGGCUACGAGGCCUCGGCUAUUGCCUGCUUAGCUGCGUUUCAGAAUUUCUCAGCGGUUGACCUCUCAACUCUUUCGCCUCGGGACAUCGAGGCAGCAGUGGCGGUCACGGCCGAGCAGAUCAGCAGACCGAUUGGAUUCGAUAUCUUGGCAAUACAGAAGACAUUGCGACUCAAGUAUGGUUGUACCUGUGGGGAUUGCCUCGGCGGCUUCAUUAGCCCACGCACGAAGUUUGCCCUUCUUUGUGUUGCUGAAGUUCAAUACGACAUGCUGAACGACGAUAUCGGGCAUCGUACCGGGCCACAAUGGGUAGAUUCAAACAAUCAUCUUCUUACAGAGCUACCUUCCAGCGUCCGAAACAACCUGAAAACGAACAAAUCGAUGCGGCAAGGCUUCACAAACAUGAUAAACUACUUUGCCGAGUGUCUCCGAAGAGACAGAAUUCCAUCGGAACGUGAAGUUUUGUCGGUUUUGCGUAGCUACCAAUCAGAAUGGCCUCCUGUGACUAAAGGUUUCCUGCAACGUGGCGGUUCGGUCGCGUCUGUGGCAACUAUGAUCUUUCAGACAGCCAUGUAUCAGGAUAAGUGGAGCGGUGACGGGCACUGCUGGCAAAUGUUUGCUGAGCAAAUCGAUAAACUUCCAUCUUGUAGGAAUGAUCACGAGUUUGCAUUCGUGAGCGGAACAUGUGGCUACAAGAGAGUGCAACCUGAUUGCAGUCAACUCAUCUAUGAUCCAAACGAUGUGUCUUGCUGGUAA